UUUAAUAGAUUUACAGAAGAAUGGCUUCUGUUGAAUUGAGCAAAGCAGAUCGUGAAGCUAAAGCCCAGAUAAAAAUUGGAAACUAUAUUUUGAAGGAAACUCUUGGUGUUGGCACUUUUGGAAAAGUUAAAGUUGGAAUUCAUGAAGCGACUGGAUAUAAAGUUGCUGUUAAAAUUCUCAACCGCCAAAAAAUUAUGACUCUUGACGUUGUUGGCAAAAUUCGACGUGAAAUACAAAAUCUUUCGCUGUUUCGCCAUCCUCACAUUAUAAAACUUUAUCAAGUAAUUAGCACUCCUACAGAUAUUUUUAUGGUUAUGGAGUACGUUUCUGGUGGUGAACUUUUUGACUAUAUUGUUAAGCAUGGGAGACUUAGAACGCAUGAAGCAAGACGAUUCUUUCAACAAAUUAUGUCUGGAGUAGAUUAUUGUCACCGCCACAUGGUGGUUCAUCGUGAUUUAAAGCCAGAAAAUUUACUUUUGGAUGAGCGAAAUAAUGUGAAAAUUGCUGAUUUUGGACUUUCUAAUAUUAUGACUGAUGGAGAUUUUUUGAGAACUUCUUGUGGCUCACCUAACUAUGCAGCACCAGAAGUAAUCAGUGGAAAAUUAUAUGCUGGCCCGGAAGUUGAUGUUUGGUCUUGUGGAGUUAUUUUAUAUGCGCUUCUUUGUGGAACAUUGCCUUUUGACGAUGAACAUGUUCCGACACUUUUUAGGAAAAUUAAAUCUGGUAUUUUCCCAAUCCCCGACUAUCUCGAGAAAACCGUUGUAAAUCUUCUUCUACAUAUGUUACAAGUGGAUCCUAUGAAAAGAGCAACAAUUAAAGAUGCAAUUAAUCAUGAAUGGUUUCGUAUAGAUUUACCUGCUUAUUUAUUCCCGCCAAUUAAUGAAAGUGAAGCUAGCAUUGUAGAUAUUGAUGCUGUUAGUGAAGUUUGUUAUCGUUAUAAUGUUAGCGAAGAUGACGUAACCUCUGCUUUGUUGUCAGAUGACCCUCACCAUCAUUUAAGUAUUGCUUAUAGUCUAAUUGUGGAUAACAAACGGAUUGCUGAUGAAACUGCAAAGUUAUCAGUAGAAGAAUUUUAUAAUAUUCAACCAACUGCUCGUCUCCAUCAAUCUGAUCAAUUACCUCAAAGACAUCCUGAACGUAUGCAAAAUGCUGGUAAAAUAACUCCAACACUUGGUCAUACAUCUGAUACUUCUGCAAGUCAACAACAACAACAGCAACCUGUUCAAAAAUCGCCUCAUAUGAAAAGAGCAAAAUGGCAUUUGGGUAUUCGUUCACAAAGCCGACCUGAUGAUAUAAUGUAUGAAGUCUUCCGUGCAAUGAAAUUCUUAGAUUUUGAAUGGAAAAUGCUUAAUGCCUAUCACGUUGUUGUUCGACGACGACCAAAAGAUGAGAAUCAAGAAAUGAUGUUGCCAAAGAUGAGUCUUCAACUUUAUCAAGUAGAUCAACGUAGCUACUUGCUUGACUUUAAGAAUUUGGUUGAUGAUGAAUCUAUCUUUGGUUAUGAUGGAAGUGCUGGCUCUUCUCGACAUGCUUCUGUCUCCACACCUGUUCGACCUUCAAUGAGGACUAAUAGAGCUCAGUCUUUGCCUAUGCUUAUCGAAGUUGGUCAGCCUCCUGCGCAAGUACCAAGUCCAAACGAGAUGGCACCAGAGACUCGCCAGUCGCAGACAAUGCAAUUCUUUGAAAUGUGUUCUGCUUUGAUAGGGGCGUUGGCUCGUUAG